UCCAGCUGUGGUCCCUUACAUUCAACUUGCAGAACUGAUUAAUGGAAAUUCCCAAGUGAGAAGCUACAUUGAGUCCUGUGGAGGAUGGGAGAACUUGGACAACUGAAAGGGAGAGGACUACGCUACUUUCCAAAAGGUUUGGCAGACCAGUCUCGCUCUGUCUCUUGCAACAUGGACCAAAGGGAAAUUCUGCUGCAAAACCUGGAAAGGGCCCAAAGCAAGAAGCUCAACCAAGAAGCAUUUGUAGAUGAAUUUUUGAAGCUGAAAAAGCAGUCAACAAAGUACAGAUCAGAUAAAAUCUACCCUACAGCAGCAUCUGAGCAACCAGAGAACAUCAAGAAGAACAGAUACAAGGACAUCUUACCCUUUGACCACAGCAGAGUGGAGCUGUCCCUGAUCACAUCAGAUGCAGAUUCUCAUUACAUCAAUGCCAACUUCAUCAAGGGUGUCUAUGGGCCAAGAGCAUAUAUUGCAACUCAGGGUCCUCUCUCCACUACUGUCAUUGACUUUUGGAGGAUGAUUUGGGAGUAUGAAGUCCUGAUUGUGGUCAUGGCUUGUAUGGAGUUUGAAAUGGGAAAGAAAAAAUGUGAGCGGUACUGGGCAGAGGUGGGUGACUCUUCCCUGCAGCAUGGUCCUUUCUCCAUUGCCUGUGAAGCUGAAGACAAGAAAAACGAAUAUGUGAUUAGGACUUUAAAGGUGACCCUGAAUGAAGAAGUACGCACCAUCUAUCACUUCCACUAUAAAAACUGGCCAGACCAUGAUGUUCCCUCUUCCAUUGAUCCUAUUUUGGAGCUGAUCUGUGAGAUUCGUUGCUACCAGCCAGAUGACAACGUUCCUCUCUGCAUCCACUGCAGUGCUGGCUGUGGAAGAACAGGAGUCAUCUGUGCUAUUGAUUAUACCCGAAAGCUGCUGAAGGAUGGAAUUGUUCCAGUGAACUUCAGUAUUUUUAGUCUGAUCCAGGAGAUGCGCACACAAAGGCCUUCAAUUGUACAAACCAAGGAGCAGUAUGAGCUGGUUUAUGAUGCUGUGAUUGAACUCCUGAAAAGGCAGAUUAAAGCAUUUGAUGCCCAAGAAAAUUCUGCUGCUUCACAGAUUCAAACAAAGCAUCUUGUAGCCAAGCCACUUCUGACUCCAGUCGGAGAAACAUAUUCUCUGAGAUUACCAAACUGCUCAGAACAAGAGGAGCAGGAGGCACAUCAACAUUACCCUCCUGUGGUGCAAAGUGAAACGUCCCUGACAUCGUUGUCUGACACAGGAGUACACAACAGCUUUGGGCACGGAGUCCCUCCCAUUAGACAGGCCAUUUCCUUUGGGACUUUGAACUUCAGCAACAGUGGGAAGGCAGUUGUUGCUGAAAAGUGGGACAUGGGGGAAGUGCUCCAGAAACACCAUAGUUUGGAGUUCAAUAGCUUCUCUUCUGAGCAGCUGCUUCUCAACCUGAAAUCUAAGGGAAUAGGCAGGAGAUGGCCUCAUGACAAAGCACUUCUGACACGGACUAAAUCUACCCCUUUUGUGCUGGCACAGCAGAGAGCAGCCCAGGAAUGGGAUGGAGGGGAUGCAAAGCCUAUUUUGAAUUCACAGUUGCCAAAUGCCUGUUGUUCAAGCUCUCAGGUAAAGAAGCAGGCUGGGUUUUCCUCUGUUGAGAUGAACCACUCAAGCAGAGCAGUGGACGGCCCAAGACACAGGAACAGUAGGCAAUGUCCUCACCCUUACCUUUGUUCAGCAGAAGACCCAUACUUCUCAUCACUCUCUUCAGAUGAUCCUGCAUCCCCAGCAUUUACUGACUGCUUUGCAGAAGAAAAUGAUGCAAUUUUCCCUUCUCAUGCUGUGACUGCCCCAGUGCAGCCUGCCUUGAGCAGUUCUCCACCAUCCAGGCCUGUGUCCCAGUAUGCUCCCCUGUUGAAUGAUGAGAGGUUAUCCUCACUCAGUGAUCUGUCCACGUCUCCUCAAUCAGCCCUCUUGCCACAGCCAGACGAUGAUGAUCCUCCACCCCUGCCUGAGCGAACCCCAGAGUCCUUUAUUGUGGCCAGUGAAUCAGGCGAAUUCCCUCUGGCAGCUUCUGAUUUUCAGUCCCCAGCCAGAAAUAAAAAUAUUGGAACCUCACUGGAGUGGAGUGGUGUGUCUCGCUCAGAGGUUUUUAAUGACUCAGCGAGACUGAGACCAUGUAAGAGUGUGAAGCUCCAGAGCUGCCAGUCAGAGAUAAACAGGGAUCACUCUAACUCCCCUCCUCCGCUUCCUGAAAGAACCCCAGAGUCGUUUGUUCUUGCUGAUGCAGCAAGUCUGCAGCCUGUUGCAAGGAAUCCCACUAGUAAACCUGGGGAGUCAGGGAACAAAGCUUCUGAAAUACCAUCAAAAGAGCCUGUGACAUGCUUCAGGAGAAGCAAGAGCUUGAAAAUAUUCAAAAAUGUGAGAAAGAGUAUCUGUAGUCCAUCUCCAUUGACAAAGCCAUCAGAAUCUGCCUCAUCAAACCAUUCAAGCUCUUUUCUUAAUUUUGGCUUUGCAAAUCGAUUUUCAAAACCUAAAGGACCAAGAAAUCCACCAACAACAUGGAAUAUUUAGAUAAACUUUAUAGAUUCUGUUACAUAUUUGUGAAGUCCUUCUGGCAUGCCUUGAGCACUCUUCCCAGUAAGAUUUUCACCAGAAUAAAUACAUCAAAGUGUGUUGCACAAUAUUUGCAGCUGAGGCACUACUUGCACAUUCUUUAUCAACUAAAGUCUUAAAAUAAAGAAGAAUAUACAAAUAUCAGCAGCUUGGCACUUUCAGUUAACUUUCAACAGGAUGGAAGCUGAAAAUAAUAGAUAUUUUAUCCUAAUAAGUGACAUUUUUAUCUUGUUUUGGGAUGUAUUGAUUUCAAAAUGAUGGACUUGAGUCUUCGAAACAAAGCAGUGUUAACUGGGAGUUGGUUCCAGUGAAGACAAUGGAAUGGUAUGAUAGUCCAGCAAAACACAACACAAAUCUGGAUGCUGCAAAUGUAGUAUCUGUAUAACUUCACUUACAUGUAUAGUUUUACUGUAAUAAAAGAUCUCUAUUUACUUACUGUUUACAGUACUAGGAUUAAAAGAGAAUUAACACUUCAGAUUUUUAAAAGUCUUUUUCUGUAAGUUAAUUAAAUUUUGCUUUUUUUUUUCAUCUGGGUAAGUCAGAUUUUUUUUCCAGAUUUUUGGUCAGUAAGACUGUUUGCUCAUAUAGAAAAACAUAUAUAAGCAGACUGCAUAAUUAGUUGGCCUAAUUGCCCUCACUAUCUACCAUCUGAAAAAGAGUACAGCAAGCAACAUAUAAAUGUAUUUUGAAGGCAAUGUAGUUUAUUAGUUAGGACUUCUGAUGCUUCAACACAGGCACACAAGGUUUCCGGCAGAUAACAGUAGACAGAUUUCUAGACUGACACCCCCCCCUCCCAACUCUGGAAGCUGUUUUCCUGCUAUUUAUAUCUGAGGUGGGGAGAGGCAAAGAUGUUGAAAGCUGCUUUAUAUGCUUGUUUUCCUGUAGGAAAAAAAAUAAAAGGAAAUUGGAAACAAAUAUUGCAAGUAUUUCUAGGGCUUGGAAUGCGAUGUGGUCCAGAGAAGAAUCUGUUGAUAACUCCUGGAAUAAAGAACUCAAACUGAUAAAAAGCUACUUUUCUUGGAGCUAAUACAGCCUAUUUUUUUCCACCAAAAUCACCUAUUUUAUCACAACAGAAAGUAACAGCAGACCUUACCUAAUCUAUAUUCCUGAUGCAAGUAUUUCUUUGCUGUAUCAAAAUACCUAACAUCAGUCAGAGCAACAGUGUGGAAGUAAACACAGCUGAUAACGGACACUUUGUGCUCUUGUGCUUUCCUGUAAGUGGGGCAGAAGUGAGAGGGGUUGAGACAAAAGCGUCUGUAAAUCAUCUUUGUGUGUUGUGGGGCCUCAGCCAUCUUCUGUUCAAUUUAGAGCAGCCUUAAUUAGCAACCAAAACUUCUGACACAAAGUCAGAAAUAAUAAAACUGACAGCCAUUUUUAUUUAAUGUCUUUUACACUGUAGUGACGUGAAACAUUGGACAAAAAAUCAGUGAGUCUGCAUUUAAUCUAUGAAGCAUGUUAUGACCUGUGUGAGAAAUGCUGUAAAAAUAAAAAAGUUUA